CAAAUGCCUCCUACCCUGCUCGAGUGAACAGGUCAGCUGACGGUUCGCAACCAAGGUCCUCGUACUAUAGCCACCUGCUGUCACUCCAAAUCGUCCUCGGUGACCGCCCAGUGUUUGUGACCAUCAACAAGUACUCAAUUGCGCCAAUCCACGCUUACUUCAAUCCUGCUCGACCGCGACUAUUUCCCAUCAGUUUCUUCUUCACGAGUUUUUGGCGCUAUUCUAAUUGACCGUUGCUAGUCUCAAUGAAGGGCUUCAAGCAGCGCGUGCUCGCGAGAUCCCGCAGCACCCACGACUCCGACAAGCCUUCCACAUCGCCCAGCUCCGGCAACUCGCCUUCUCGUCUGUCGACAGGAUCGGGAUCAACACGAAGCAAAAACAAAGACUCGGCCAAAGACGCAUCCCCCACACAGCCGUCCUCACAGUCGUCGACCACCGCUUCCCCAUCCGCGCUCGGUCGAUCGGAAACCAAAUCGGGUGCCGUCUCUACCCAGGCUCCUGCCAAGUCUUCUACUCCUACAUCCGCUCCUGUUGUUGUCGUUCAGCCUGAUGCUUCCGGAUCCGUGACUCCUCCAUUGCAGAUCCAGGAUGGUAUCGCGGGGACCUCUGCUGCUGCCGAGGCCUUUGGAUCGCCAAGUGGGCCCCCUCCGGCCAGCCCGAGCUCACUUGCCAACGUCAACCACAUCCCUCCCCCCGGCGCAACGGAAACGAUGCCUGGCGAUCUGGCUGCGCCGCGGCACGGUCAGCAGCGAUCACCCACAUUCGAUCGUCUGAAAAACGGAAUCCCAGACGAGCAACUAUCCACGCCAACUCGUCGACAUCACUCUUCCCGCUUUGAAGUGUCUGCCAAGCGCGAGCUCGAGAAGCUGCCCGGGUUCCAUGAGGUCGCCGUCAAUUCGCGUCAGGAGCUGUUCUUCCAAAAGAUCGAGCAGUGUAAUGUGAUUUUUGACUUCAAUGACCCUUCAUCUGAUAUGAAAUCAAAAGAGAUCAAGAGAGUUGCGCUGCAUGAAUUGCUUGAUUUUGUCUCCACCUCGCGGAUGCAGUACACAGAGCAGAUGUACGCGAGCGUUGUUGACAUGUUUGCGCGCAAUCUGUUCCGGCCGAUCCCACCGCCGGUCAACCCUGUUGGCGACAUCUAUGACCCGGAUGAGGACGAACCGGUUCUUGAAGUGGCAUGGCCGCAUAUGCAGGUCGUCUACGAGUUUUUUCUGAAAUUCGUGGAGUCUCCUGAUUUCCAGCACAGUGUUGCAAAAGCAUACAUCGAUCACCACUUUGUGCAACAGUUACUAGAGUUGUUUGACACAGAGGACCCGCGUGAACGAGAUUACUUGAAGACUACGUUACAUCGUAUUUACGGCAAGUUCCUUAACCUGCGCUCGUUCAUCCGGCGAUGCAUCAACAAUGUCUUCUUCCAGUUCACAUACGAGACUCACAGAUUCAACGGUGUCGCAGAACUGCUUGAGAUUUUGGGCAGUAUAAUCAACGGAUUUGCUCUCCCGCUGAAGGAGGAGCAUAAGAUUUUCCUGGCUAGAGUGUUGAUGCCAUUGCACAAGGCAAAGAGUCUGAGCUUAUAUCACCCGCAACUUGCUUACUGUAUCGUGCAAUUUAUCGAGAAGGACCCUUCAUUGACCGAGGAAGUGAUCUUGGGCCUACUACACUACUGGCCGAAGGUCAACAGUCCCAAAGAGGUGAUGUUCUUGAACGAGGUUGAGGAUAUCUUUGAAAUUCUUGAGCCGUCAGAGUUUCUCAAGAUCCAGGUGCCGCUGUUCCAGCAGCUCGCAAAAUGCGUCUCAAGUCAGCAUUUCCAGGUUGCCGAGCGCGCACUCUACUUGUGGAACAACGAAUACUUUGUUUCCUUGAUGUCUGAGAACGUCGAGACAAUUCUUCCCAUCAUUUUCUCAGCGCUGUAUCGCAACGCGCGCGGGCACUGGAACCGGACUAUCCACACCAUGGUCUGCAACGCGAUGCGGAUGUUUAUGGAGUUGAACCCUGCACUAUUUGAAGAAUGUUCUGCGCUAUACCGAGAACAAGAGAACAACGCGGAAGCACGGGAAGAGCACCGGCAACUGCUGUGGAAGCAGGUUGAAGAAAGCGCGCGGGAGAACGAGGAGCGGAUGCAGGAAGCGGCGGCAGAAACGAUGGUACAAUAGUAAAAACAACAACAGACCUGCAAAUGAGAUUUUUUAUCAUACAACCGAUCAUGCGAAAUCAUGCAAAGUCAUGUCUCCCGGGCGGCGUAGCAGAAGUCACUGCAUUUUUCCCCUUUAUCGUUCUUCGUUUUAUCUUUCUUUUUCUCAUAUCAAAACUCUCUCCUGCUCUCCUCUCUACUCUUUUUUCUUAUCUUGUUUCUCCUAUAUUCCUCGCUCGUGUUUUCUCACUUUUAUGUUUUUAUGUUGGUUAUUAUUGAAUUUUUCUAGAGAGAUGUAUAACACGUAUUGACAAAUAAACCGGUUGAGUUUUCUUUUAUCUCUCUUAUUGAUCAGUUAAAAUUGAGGAUUGAUAUGCUGUCUGUAGAGCUUGUUUACGGGUAAUUUGAAGAUAAUGGGUGAUUACGCGUAGCUAGCCGAUUACGUAGUCUUCUGUUUCAGAUUCGUACACAAGAAAGGCUUCAUAUC